CCGGAAGGAACGCACUGACUAAAGUGGGGCUUUAUUCAAUCCACCUUGAACGAUUUCUUAAGCGCAGAAGGUCUUUCGAAUUUCUACGUCGACGAGCAAAGCUAACAGACGGCAAACCAUACACGAACGCCGCCUCGACGUAAUUAAACGCAAUGGAGAAUGCACUAGGACGAGUGUACCGGUUAGCGGUCCCCGCGGUCGGUGCCGCGCUGUUGGUCCAGGCUUCGCUCUACGAUGUGCGCGGAGGUACGAGGGCCGUCAUCUUCGACCGUCUACAGGGAGUCAAGGAGACCGUCGUCAACGAGGGCACCCACUUCCUGAUCCCCUGGCUGCAGCGCAGCAUCAUCUUCGACGUCCGCACCAAGCCCCGUAACAUCGCCACAACCACCGGUAGCAAGGAUUUGCAGAUGGUCAGCUUAACCCUGAGGGUCCUACAUAGACCCGAAGUCAAGGCCCUGCCUAAGAUAUACCAGAACCUCGGCACAGACUACGACGAGCGAGUGCUCCCCUCCAUCGGCAACGAAGUGCUCAAAUCCAUCGUCGCGCAAUUCGACGCCGCCGAGCUAAUCACGCAGCGAGAAGCGGUAUCGCAGCGGAUCCGAGCGGACCUGAUGAAGCGAGCGUCAGAGUUCAACAUCGCACUCGAGGACGUCUCCAUCACGCACAUGACCUUCGGGAAGGAAUUCACCAAGGCCGUCGAGCAGAAGCAGAUCGCCCAGCAGGACGCCGAGCGCGCGCGCUUCAUCGUCGAGAAGGCCGAGCAGGAACGCCAGGCCAACGUCAUCCGCGCCGAGGGCGAAGCCGAGAGUGCCGACACCAUCUCCAAAGCCAUAGCCAAGUCCGGAGACGGCCUCAUCCAGAUCCGAAAGAUCGAAGCCAGUCGCGAGAUCGCCCAGACUCUAGCCUCGAACCCGAACGUAUCGUACAUACCGGGUGGAAACAAGGGAGGAAGCAGUGGGAGUCAGUUCUUACUGAACGUGGGCAGGACAUGAGGGGGAUGAUGGGACCACAAUAAAAAUAAAAAGAGAAAGGGUGUCCGAAAUAGGGGCAUAUGUAUACUAGCCAUUUGCUGCCCGGUUCUCCACUUCGGGGUAUGAAUAAUAUGUCACUACUAGUAAAA